AUGUUACGCUACGUUUGUUUACAGAAGGAAAAGAUUUUCUAUCAAGUUUCAAAUCGUUUCGUUAAAAUGUUCCACUUGAUUUCAUUUCUCCGGUUGAAUGAUUCCGAUGAAAUGAAUUCUCUUUUUCUCUCUCUCUUUUUUUUUUCUGUAACAGCUUUUGAUUCGUUUCAUAAAAUCUUCCUCUUUUUGUUUCCUUGCUUCUUUCUUUCUUCUUUCUCUCUCUUUUUCUUUUCUUUCUCGCUCUAUUUCUUUUUUCUCUCGCCUUUUUGUUUCUUUUUUCUUUCUUUCUUCUUUUCUUUCUUUCUUUCUUUCUUUCUUUCUUUCUUUCUUUCUUUCUUUCCAUUUAUUCCAUCUCGUCUGCAUAUAUUUGAAUUAGUUUUGUCACUUUCUAUAUAUUGUUCAACUGCACUUUUCAAGAGAUCUUACUUAAAAUACCUCGAUUGUAAAAUCGUUUACUUUUUCAUUAAAAUUUUAAACGUAUCGUCGUUUUCCUCCAUUUUUUUUCUUCUUCUUCCAUUUGUACUCACACUUGCAAUCAGCGGCCCGUCUCUUUAG